GGUGAGUAUGCCAUGAGGCGCGGACAGCAGCUACAAAAAUAAAAAAUGGGAGGCCUGCCAAAGAAAGGGGUUCAUGAUACAUAUGACAAUCGCAUUGUCACUGCAGAAUCUCAUUGUGUAAGCUUUCAAUGGGAUUUAUGAAUUCUGCUCUUUGCUUCACGUCCCUAGUUGGCCCUUAUUGAUAGCCCUCUUUGUUGCCGCAUCCGUCACUCUGCUCGCUACUUCACAAAGCUUUCAAAGGCAACAUGGCUCGACUGAAAAAGUAUCCCUCAACUUCUAAUUACGAAGUGAGACUCAAGCAGUAUGUACAACGAUACUGGUCAUACAUCGUGGCUUUCACUCCAUUAAAUCAAAGCUACGAUGACUGUAUCAUGGAACAUGAAACAAGAUACCGAACAAACUAAGAAGUUGUAUCGAGACUGUUUAUAUAUAUCCAUUUCAUACAUAAGAUCCUGUCCCACCUGGUAGAGAUCAUAAAAUUUACUACAACACUGAAUCAACACGACACUCAACUUACCUAAACGUUGGUAACUAGGAAGUUGGAAAGUUGAAUAGGUAUAAUCUAUAAACAGUCGAAGUUAAUAACGCAAGCCAUCCCAUCAAAGAUGCCUUCUGGGGUUCCUACAUCCGCCGCUCGGCUCGUUCGAAACGAUUUCCUCGAUUAUGGCUGGGGAUCGACCCUUAGCGCUGAGACAACCAAAACUAUCAGGGCAAUCAAGGAGGAUGCCAGUGCGAUGUAUCGCAUGCAGAUAUGCAGGGACCGCCCUAUCAGCGACAUCAGCAUUUUCACGGCCUUGUUUUGGCAGCACCGACACAUGGCCGACCCCAGCAUCGUCUCAACGCCGUGGGUGACCAGGGGCGCCGAGCAAAGCUGUGGGCUGUUUUUAGACGAUACCGUACUUUUCGAGGAAGGCUUCGACCACAUUCGGAGCACAAGAUGUGACACCUCGACCCUAUUAGUACACCAGUUCUUUGGGAACAUCCGCGAGCGCGAGUUCGUGUUGUGGCCCGUCCCCACGAGCAUGAACAGCAGCACGGGCGUGAACAGCAAUUGGGUGACCAUCAUACUACACCUGCGGCCGUCCAAGGGCGCAAGAACAGACUCGGGAGAGUACACUGACCGCGUAGUUACCGAGUAUACCAUCGUCGACCCAUCCCGCGAAGGCCGCGACGCUCGGAAAAAGUUCGUGGAGGCCCGACUAGCACAGGUUCUGAGAGAGGGUAGCAUUGGAUUCUGCCCUAGUAAAUUCCGACCCUUUCAUACCCCGGACGUCGAGGAGACCUGGGCUACGGGACACGUCGCCUACGCUAUCUGCCGGGAAGUCCUGCGCCGACUGAAGACUCUAGUGUAUCGAAGAAUGCGCCAAAAGGGAGGCGGAGAAGUAUCGACCGACUUCGUUUUUGCAGACUUCGAAGAGCAUUACGACGUAGACGAGUACAGGCAGUCGAUGAUGUCUUCGUGUGCAAACCACACGAUCGAAAAGUCCGGGUAUAUCGUUCGUGUCGGUCUCGAUGUGCCUGGGCCCAAGUCUAGGCACAUUCCGGACAAUUUGAAGAAUCAUGCCCAAGGAUACAACACGAUGUCUGAUGAAGUGUUCUUGGAUUCAAAUUCAAAGGAUCUAGUCCUUAUUAAAAUAGGAGAGCCCGAGCCUGUAGUGGAACAAUCGCCAGAAUCUGAUGUCGAUGAGUCCGAUAUUGACCAACCCGACCCGGAAGAAACACCCCAGGAGGAGUCGGCAAAGCGGAAUGAUGAUCAAAGGCCAGAGCAAGUAAACGAAGUAGAUGAAGUAGACGAAGUAAACGAAAUAUCGAAGGCUCAAGUGGUCACAGAUGAAGAUGUUGAGCCUAUGGACUUAGAUGACCAGAGAGACACUGAAGACCUGUUCCAAGAAGACCAGCCGGACCAGGGGCCUACGCCGGAAACGCAGGCCGAAGAACCUGAGGACUCUGGACUGAUCCAGAGCAUGUACGAGAACAACCCACCUUCUCGAACAAUAGAUAUCCCAGCUCUAAAAGUACUCAAUUCAUUCAUACAAGUAUCAGAGGAUGGGGAGGCAAGCGCAAUUGACGACGAUGAAAUUAUCCCAGAGACCCCAGGUAUAUCUCCUCCUGGGGACGUAGAAGAGAAAGAUUACACGCAAACAAAGCGCCCUCUAUUCGACGCCGAAGACCCUGAAUCGAAGAGGGUAAAGGUGGAUGAUGUGGAAUAAGGGGACUAAGCAUACAAGGCGUUGGCGGUUUUUUUCUUUUCUCUUCCACCGUGAAGACACCAUUUUACUUAAGCUACUCGGUGUGGGAUUUACUAGGUACGUUACGCUACUUAGUGGCGACAAGGCUGGUGCACAUAAGAGUGUAGAUAUUUGUUUAUAGAAGUUUU